GAUUACGUAUCUGCCAUUAGUCACGGGCCGUUGUGAAUCGGAGGCCAGCGGCCGCACAAUGCCAGGCGGGGGAGCCCCUCUCUCAGCAACACACCACAGCAUCACCGCCUCGCCACACUGAAAAGGACAGAGAGGAGAGAAAUGCAAAGGGAUGUAAGAUGGCAGAGCUACAAAUGCUAUUAGAGGAGGAAAUCCCUGCCGGCAAAAGAGCUCUUGUAGAAAGCUACCAGAAUCUGUCCCGGGUUGCGGAAUACUGUGAAAACAAUUAUGUUCAGGCUCAAGACAAGAAGAAGGCCCUGGAAGAGACCAAGGCCUACACCACCCAGUCUCUGGCCAGCGUGGCCUACCAGAUCAAUGCCUUAGCUAACAAUGUGCUGCAGCUGCUGGACAUCCAGGCCUCACAGCUACGACGCAUGGAGUCCUCUAUCAACCACAUCUCCCAGACGGUGGAUAUCCAUAAGGAGAAGGUGGCACGUCGAGAGAUUGGCAUCCUGACCACUAAUAAAAACACCUCUCGCACCCACAAGAUCAUUGCCCCUGGCAACAUGGAGCGACCCGUGCGCUACAUUCGAAAGCCCAUCGACUACACGCUGUUGGAUGACGUGGGACACGGCGUCAAAUGGCUUAAGGCCAAGCAACAUGGGAACAAUGCAGCAGGACGAGGAGGGACGCUUUCCAGGACCAACCCACCCACACAGAAACCCCCAAGCCCCCCCAUGGCUGGUCGUGGUACCCUGGGGCGUAAUACUUCCUACAAGACUCUGGAGCCAGUGAAGCCUCCCGUGGUGCCCAAUGACUACAUGACGAGCCCGGCUCGACUGGGCAGCCAGCACAGCCCCGCACGCACAGCCUCCCUCAACCAGAGACCCAGGACACACAGUGGCAGCAGUGGCGGCAGUGGCGGUAGGGAGAACAGUGGGGGCAGUGGAGUUGGUGUUCCUCUAGCGGUUCCCACCCCGUCCCCUCCUAGUAUGGGGCAAGUGGCGACCUCCUCGGCCUCAGUGCCGCAGGGCCCCGGCUUGGGUCCCGUACCCAUGUCCCAGUUCGGCACCAUCUCCCGCCAGAUCUCCCGUCACAACUCCUCCACCACCUCCUCGGCCUCCAUGGUGUCGGCCACCGGCACCUACCGCCGCGCGCCCUCCGUCUCCUCUCAGCAGCCCCACAUCAAUGGGGGCCCUGCCUACCCACAGAACUCAGUGUCUGUGGCUCCUCCGCCUCCUCCUCCAAUGGUCCAGCUCACACCACAGAUCCCUCUGACCGGCUUUGUUGCCAGAAUGCAGGAGAGCAUAACAGACAGCCCUGCCCCACCUCCUCCCCCUCCCCCAGAAGACAUCGGUGUGUUUGAGGAGCCCUCUCCCCCACCUCCUCCACCACCUGUGGACUACGAGGAAGAGGAGGCCGCGGUGGUCCAUUACAGUGAUCCCUAUUCUGACGGAGACCCCCACUGGGCCCCCAAGGCUUAUUUAGAGAAAGUUGUGGCCAUCUAUGACUACACCAAGGAUAAGGAGGACGAGCUGUCCUUCAUGGAAGGAGCCAUCAUCUACAUAAUCAAGAAGAACGAUGACGGCUGGUUUGAAGGUGUCUGUAACGGCGUCACCGGACUCUUCCCAGGAAACUAUGUGGAGUCCAUCAUGCACUAUGCUGACUAAAAAAGGAAAAAAAAAAAAAACGCACCCGAAACAUCCCUGCAGUUUUGAACAGAGGUAAAACCGUGAACAUGUACACAUGUAUGCAGUCCGGCGAUCACAGCUCAUAGAGGUCCCAUACUGAAUGAAGUGCCAUGGUGAAUUUACAAGGCUCAUUUACAUGACUUUUCUUCAGGUGAUGCACCCAUCUUUAAGAAAGAAAAAAAAAAAAAAAGAGUCGCACAAAGACCGAAAGAAGGGAGGGUGCAGGGAGCUUUGGAGGAACGUCGGUCUGUUAGUUUACACUGUGGAUUAAAGGGGGGAGAUAAAAGCCUUUUUGCUGCCUGUGUCGGUAGCGCUUUUCGAACUUUAACCAUCACAUUUUGCCUCACAGGAAAUUACAUACAGUCAUAAUAGUUUAAAGAAUGCAAAGUAGAUCUAGAUUUAGUGUUCGUGUACGUGUACGUGCAGCCGACAUGUCUAGUAUUUUCAUUAUGCAGUAGAUGUAGACAGUGAAGUAUUACUACGAUUUCAUGAAUAGUCUGAGGCAGAGUGGCAUUAUCAUGAUAAAAUGCUUCACAGACACUCCUGCCCCUUUAUUUGCACUGUGGACCAGCAGACCAACCCUUCCCUUCUUUCAAAAACAUCCAUCUCACCUUGUCAGAAUAAGGACAAACAAACAUCAAAAAGUGCAUUAGGACACGACUGAAUGUUCAAUGCCGUCGAUGUCCAAAUUACAAGAUGUUUAUUGAGGGAACAAAAGCAAACCUGGAGUUGUGUAUUUACUAUGCUCUGUGUCUGUGCGGAUGCUGUUCUAAAGGGUGAACAGAGUGUAUAGAAUGCAAAGAAAAAAUGCAAGAAAAAAAAAAGAAAACAGUCUCUUCUUUCCUUUCCGUUAUCUAACUUGUAUAUAAACCGUAACGUGACAAGAUGCCAGUACAGUACAUAUGUCAGUGUUUCACCUGUGAGUUUCCAUCAGCGUCAGUGGAGGUGAUGCCAACCUAAGAUGUUGUUUUCAAAUAUUAUUUGUUUAUUUUUACUUGAAUAUUAAUGUUAAUUUUAUUCAUCACUCACAGUGCCAUUUUAACGGCGAAGUGGCCGUGUAUAGACGUUUUUAUUUUUCUGUGUUCAGUCACGACUGUCAUUCUGAUCACUGUCAGUGUAUUUGGUGAUGCUGUCCAGCUACUGUAGCAGAGCUCUGAGAUGCUUUAGAAAUGUGAAGCUGAGGAAGGUAUGUUUUCAUAUUGUUUUCAUUGUGUUGGAGUAGCUGCACUGAUUCGUUGUCAGCAACUGCGAUGACUUUACAAAAACGGUCAUUGCUUCGAUUUCGAGUUACUGUCCACAAGUAUCGACCAACAUUUACGCUCGUCGUCUGUUCUUUCAGUGGUUGCUGGUGUGGUGCUUUACAUUGGUGCUCAAUAACCAUCAUCACCAACCCAAACAACCUCAAAACUAGACUGCUCUAAAUACUGUAGUAGUCGCAUUACUUUGUUCCAGAGGGGGACUAUGAGUCAGCUUUGAUUGUAAUCAUCUUCAGUCACCUCUGCGUUUAGUGAAUGUCGGCAGCUCAGCGGUAAUGUAUUAAAGCUAGAUUCGGUCUGUGUCUACACACAGAUACUGAUAAAAGUCUGUGCUCCAUAUGAAUGACACAUGCUAGCUGAGUGUAGGAAUGAAUUACACUCCCAAGGUCUUAAAAACAGUGCUGAUAUGAAGACUUUUUAUUUGUGCUACUUUUGCAAAAUAAGGUACCUGCUCUUAGAGAGGAACCGUGCUGUCAUAUGUUAUCGGUAAUGUUUAUCUCAGCAGCCACUUUUGUAACAUAAACAAACAUAAAUACUUAUACAUAAGUACUUUGAGAAUAAAGGGCAUUGAGCAUGGACUUUAUUAUGAAAUGGAUACAGACUUCUUUAUUUUGUGUGGGGAUUGUGAUCCAGAGGCUUGCAGGUUCACACACACCAGAAAACACAUCAAACGGACAGUAUUCUGUACAUGAAAGCAUCUAAACAUCAUUACAGUGAAUGAUUUGCAACUACAUCUCAUUCUUGAUUGUAUUUUUUCCAUCAUGAGGUCAUUUUUUUGUGAGAAACAACUUUUUCUACCUAACGCAUUUCUAGCUUCGCAUUCAGCUUGUGUUUGUGUCAGACUGCUGAAGGUUCGCUUGCAGUUUGGAUGUAAAGGAUUAAUUUAUACUUUUUUUCCAUAGAGAAAUCAUGAGACAACCACUGACGUGCAAGACUUUGUAAUGUUUACCACUUAACAUCUAACAUUUCAGGGCAUCACAGGUCAAUGCGCCUCUCUUUGAUGUGUGUUUUCUUAAUGAUGAAACAUGGGGUGGGGGAGGGGGGGCAGUAACUUAAAUGUUCAUGGGAACAGAAUUCAGUAUUUGUCUUCUUCUCUCAGUUUGUACAUAGGAUGUGUUCAUUGAAAUUUAUGUACAGUCUUUUUGUAAUAAACCGCUCAUUGAAACAGAAGUGUGUGAUUUGUGUGUCAUAAAGCUGUUGGAGCAGGCGUCAAAAACAAACUAGGAAUAAAUAUCAUUAUGCAUCUGA